UUCCAAAUAAAACGCGACAACCGUAAGGCAAGAAACUCAAGCGAAGCGACACACCCCCACCAUGGUGCAGCAAGCGGAAAGUCCAGAAGCCGAGAGCAACCUGCCCAGAGAAGCGAUGGAUACCGAGGAAGGCGAGUUCAUGGCUUGCAGCCCGGUGGCGCUGGACGAGAGCGACCCGGACUGGUGCAAAACAGCCUCGGGCCACAUCAAGAGGCCCAUGAACGCCUUCAUGGUGUGGUCCAAGAUCGAGCGGAGAAAAAUCAUGGAGCAGUCGCCCGACAUGCACAACGCCGAGAUCUCCAAGCGCCUGGGCAAGCGGUGGAAAAUGCUGAAGGACAGCGAGAAGAUCCCGUUCAUCCGAGAGGCCGAGCGGCUGCGCCUCAAACACAUGGCCGACUACCCCGAUUACAAGUACCGGCCGAGGAAAAAGCCCAAAAUAGACCCGUCCGCCAAGCCCAGCAGCGCCAACAACCACAGCCCGGAGAAAAACACACCCACCAGCGCCGGCGGAGGCGGCAACAACGGCAGCAGCAGCAGCCACAAAAGCGCCAAAAGCUCCAGCAAGAAAUGUAGCAAAGGGAAGACGACGUCGUCGUCGUCGUCUCCGCCGAAGCCCGGGACGAAGCUGGCGGCGCACCCGGGCGACUACGGCGGGGACGAGUACGCCCACUUCGGCGCGCUGAAAGGGGGCGGCAAGGCGGCCAAGUGCGUCUUCCUGGACGACGAGGACGACGACGAGGAGGACGACGACGACCUGCAGCUGCGGAUCAAGCAGGAGGACGACGAGGAGGAGGACGAGGACGAGGAGAGCCGCCGGCAGCAGCAGCAGCAGCAGCUGCGGCGCUACAGCGUGGCCAAAGUGCCGGCCAGCCCCACCUUGAGCUCGUCGGCCGAGUCGAGCGAAGGCGCCAGCCUGUACGACGAGGUGAGGGGCGGCGCUGCGGCGCACAGCGCCAGCGCGGGCCGCCUGUACUACGGCUUCAAGAGCAUGCCCAAGAGCGCCCCGCAGGCCGGCCUGCCGCCGGCUUCCUCCCGCUCGAUCUCCACUUCCUCUUCUUCGUCGUCCUCCAGCGGCAGCAGCAGCGGCGGCGAAGAGGCCGACGACCUGAUGUUCGACCUGAGCUUGAAUUUCUCGCAGCACACGCACGCCGCCUCCGAGCUGGGCGUCGGCUCGGCCGCGGGGAACCUGUCGCUCUCGCUGGUGGACAAAGAUCUGGAUUCGUUCAGCGAGGGGAGCCUCGGCUCCCAUUUCGAGUUUCCCGAUUACUGCACCCCGGAGCUGAGCGAGAUGAUCGCGGGGGACUGGCUGGAGGCGAACUUCUCCGACUUGGUUUUCACCUACUGAGAGAGGAGGAGGAGGAGGACGAGGAGGAGAAGGAGAAGAGAUGGGCAGGUGAACAAGCUGAGAGAGCGAUCAAAAGGGACUGGGAAGCAGAGAGAGGGGCAGAUCGGGG